UCUCAUCUUCUAAACCCACACCGGUUUGACACUUGAGUGUAUGGUGUCCCCCAAAUCCCGUUGAUUAAGACCCGAUUGGAUCGAUCAUCCGACUACGCAUGGAUAGCAGCGCUUGGAUCCAUGGCUACACCGCCAACAGCACCGGCGGCGGCGGCGGCAACAUCGGCUACAUGUGCGGCUACGCUGCCAGCCGCUUCCCUUCGGCGUCUCGGUGCAGGGAGGACGAGGGGCAGCAGCAUGAACUGCUCAUCAGCGCGCAGAUUCUCAACAAGAUCAGCAUGCACAUGAGCGCGGACGACGUCGAGCCAGCAGCGUACGGCGGCGCCAUCCAUUCCGUCGAUAUCAGCUCCGUCGUGGACGAAAUCGACUUCCUCCAAAAUUCGCUCCAGGACGCCGGUGCCUGCAGCUUCCCCUCUUCUUCAUCCGCCUCCUCCUCGCUCCGCUCCGCCUCGCUCUCCUGCAGCCCAGAGAUCAGCUCCACCGCGGCGCACGUCCUCGCGGCGCCGUCAACCGCCGUCCAGUUCCCCGAGGUCUCCUCCUUCCUCUGCGACGACUUCACCGACACGCCCGAAGAAAUGGCGCCUGGUGUCAUGUCGACGAGCGCGAGCGCGUUCAGGCGCUACGAGCGGCACCUUGGUCCCCGGCGGAAACUGACGAAGCCGGCAUGCGGGCAGAGGAUGUUCAAGACGGCCAUGUCGGUCGUUGGCAAGAUGCACACGGCCAUGAGGUACAGGCAGCAACAACAGCAGGAGCAGUACUACUACCAGCAGCAGCAACAGCAGGCGUCGGGAAACCAGCUGCAGCACAUGAUCUCCGAACGCAAGCGCCGUGAGAAGCUUAACGACAGCUUCCACGCCCUCAGAACCGUCCUCCCUCCGGGAUCCAAGAAAGACAAGACAUCGAUACUGAUCAUCGCGAGGGAGUACGUGACCUCGCUCAAGUCCAAGGUCUGUGAGCUCGAGGAGAAGAACCAGGCGCUCCAGGCGCUGCUUGCACGGGGCCCCACCAGCGGCGUCGGCGCCGAGGAAGACAAGAAGGUCGAGAUCCAGAUAACUGCCGCGGGGGGCGAUCAGAGCGGGGAGGUUUGCACGGUAAAGAUAGCCGCGAGGCCGGCGCGCGGGAACACGACGGACGUGGUGCUCAGGACGCUGCAGUGCCUGAAAAAUCAGAUCGGGGAAGACGUCAGCCUGCUCUCGAUGAGCACCGACCAAGCCGGCGACGGGCCUCAUGGAGCAAGCCUGACAUUGCACCUCAAGUCGGGAGCGAAGUGGGAAGAGGAGGCCGUCAGAGAAGCCGUGACGAAGGCCGUAACGACUCCGGUGCCGGCCGGUCUCGGCGGCGCGGAGUGAUGGAGCCGGCCGGUGGAGCAUGACCGCGAUCAGCUCGUCGUCAUCAUCGAUCGUGAUAGCUCGCUCGUCUACGCCUCAGGACUCACGAGACCGUCGCUAGCUGGGAAUCCCACAUCCACCCACUGGUCGACGCGAUGUGGUCAGAACAACAAGAGGAAGAGGAUAUAUCAAUCACAGUAAUACUCCAUGCUGGAGAAUUCAGCCGCAGACAGCAUGAUCGUGAUCGUGAUCGGUCAAAGGAAUUUAUUAGAGAAGACAACCUGAUAGACAUGCACGAGGACGAGGAGGAAUGGUCCACGAAUGAAAGAUCAUCGACGUCACAUUGACCAUGCUACCCAAACGUCGAAGAAUGCAUUCCAUUGACAAUUGACAAUAGCAAUUCGUCGAAGCUUAGCUUGUUAUGUCUAGAAGUAGAUCUAUAAACCUAGUGUGGUGUCGCAAUUCCAUUGACAAUUGUAAUUGCUUUGUUUCCUCUAUCUAGCUUUUGCUAAGUCACGUCA